AACAAAAUUAAAAAAAAAAAACAUUCGUAAUUCGAUAGCUUAUUCGUUUCCAAUGAUCUGAAUGGAAUGGCAGGCACGCACUCUUAACAAUCUCGUUGUUUUAUGUUAACAAUUUAGCUUGAAUGGAAUAAAAACCGCACAUAGGAUAAACGAGUGAAUGUGAAUCCUACUAACCGCAACAGAAGUGACAUAAAAAUAAAUAAUUCAAUCAAACAUCAGCCACGUCACAGGCGUUAGUCGGUUGGCCAGAUUUUAAAUGUUGCGUUCAAUUUAAUUUAUCGUCUUUUUUUGUUUGGUUCGAUAUUGUGGCUUCCGUGUGACGCACAAUGGUGAUUGGGUGCAUUGACGUUAUUCGCACGUGCUUAAUGGUUUGUACUGUUUCUUUUUUUAUUUUUAAACCGAUCUGAAAUUUUGUGACAUACAUUUCACAUCAGUUUCCGGAAGGUUGAAUGGAGUUCAACAAGUUUAUUGUAUGAUCAUUGUGUUUAAUUUAUAUUUUUAUCGCUUCAAAGAUUAAGCUUGUACAUGUCGACACCACUAAAGCAAUGGAAGUGACUUCCUUUUCACGUACAGUACAACCAGGAACAGAUUAUGCUACUUUCCGCUAAUAAAGAUUGAUGGGGUCAAGGCAUUGUGCCGAAAUCCGUAUCACCCCCGGAUGAGAUUGCAUAAAUUUAGGCGCAAUCGAUAUUUCGCUCGGAAUUUGAAGAUCCGAUUCAUCCAUGAUUGCCAUCAAUAUCAUUCGAUUAGCUUGCUUGACGGGGUUUUUUUUUCACAACAUUCUCUACACCAACAAAUCGAAACGUAACGAGGCAAUCACGUAAAAGCUAACUGCUUUUCGUUACCUUUCCUUUACCGAUUCCUUCGCAAGUAGGAAUGGCCCUUGCGAAAAACGUUCGCAUUAACUUACUGCUGGAACAACCAUCAUCAGACGGUGGCCAUUUUUCCAGUUGUCAAUUUUACAAGCACAUUUACGGCAUCAUACGAUUGCUCGCGUAGUAUGAUGCGUGUGGUUCCGUGCCGAUAAGAGUUUUGUUCCCUUGAAGCAGUGGCGAAUGUGAAUCAAUAGCACAUAAACGUCUGAAGGGGAAGCUCGCUUCAAAUGGUUUGAAAUAAAUAAAAAAGAAACAAGAGUGGUACAAUUGUCAAGUGUUGAAACCAAGGCAAAGAAGAAACCAGAAGCACGCACUGAAGUCGUUUGUAUCGGCUCGGCAACAGUCGUACUGUUGAGCUGCUAUAGCUACAUAUAACCCAUUGUGUGGACUUUUAUUUUCCUCUAAGCAGUAAAAAAAAACAGCCCUGAAAAUGAAUGCGGAUUAUAAUGCUAUCGUAGCGUGUUGCUUUCCCGGAAAACGGAAACAACGACAACUGGCUUAUCGUUGCAAAUGAAGUCCACCUUCCUUGACGAAAGGACGAAUACAUUCUGCCGUGCCGGGAAAAUACUCCCGGAAGCAGGGAUUAUACUUUACUGUCAACAUCAAUCAAUCUGUGCCAGCGGGCCCCUCCGUUUUGUCUAGUACGGGUUUAAACGAUGUUUUCGAUCAAACUUGAGCACCGGCUUCAAUCGCCUUCACAAUAGGCCAAUAAUGAACCGGGCGUGAAAUGGGUACGAGGACACAUUGAAACGGUAAAGCAACAGUUUGUGCUACGGGGGUUUUUUUUACAAUGCCAAGGAAAGGCAUUCGAUCUUUGCAGUAAAGUGUAGGAUAUAGUAAAGCGAUAAAUCUGAUUUAGCUUCCCCAGGCUAUGGCACACUCAGCAAACCGAACCGAUUUCUUCGUUUGCUAUUGCACAUGCGCCUCAACGAGGAAUCUAUGUCGCAGGAUGGACGAGUGUUCCACAUCUGGUGAGUUCUAUUUCCCCAACGUUCGUAACGCAGCAUCCAACUGAAACGGUUCCCAUCCAGGUCGGUUGAAGCCCGCAAAGAAGGCUUUUCCACAAGCGCAAGUUAGUCAUCCAUUCGACUGUGACCGAAGAGCGUGUGUGGUCGAGCGUGGAGCGUGUGUAGAAUUUGAUUAAAACGCACUCUGUCGCGGGGAGAUUUCCCGCCUGAAUUCAAACGGUUUAAGGGUGUUAGCUCGUUGCCAAGAUACUGCAUCUGCAUACUGCGUGAAGCUUUGCGCACUAACAGCCAGCAUGUCUUCCGUGACUAACCAACCAGUGUGGAAGUGAAUUGCAAGUGAAGUAAAGAAAUUGUACCACCAAUAGAUAUCUCGUUAAGGUGAAACUUCAAAUCGAAAUUACGCAUUUUGUGCAGUGAGUGAAGUGCAUUGCUCUCGCAAUAGUGCUGCAACGAGUUUUAAUCAAAAGUGCCACACCGCAAUCUACCAAUUAGCCGGGCACUGCUGAAGAUUAUCGGUUGGAAUAUGCUGGUGAAAAAUAAUUACCGUUCAAUUGCUACACUCCAUUACUAUGGCGAGCUAAAGCACAUGCCAGCUUGGUCGCUUCUGCAGAUGAUGCAACUGCCUGCCCGUGUCUCAAUGUGUGCAAUCUCAGUGUGUUAAAAUAUUCAACAUCCUUAUCGUGUGUGGAAGUGGUUCCUGGAAGUUCAACUUGAAUUAGUGCGUGCCAUUUACGCUGUGCAAGAAUUUCCCCCUGGGGGGCUAUUAAAACACGUGGAAUGGGCAAUUCCGGUGUUGGUGAAUAAGUUACAUUUAGCACGCAAAUUAAUAUCUCCCCUUGAGAGGAAAGGGAAGGCCUUCCCAUUUUAAUUGCCAUUGGCCACCGGUGUGUUAUUGCCACCGGAGUGAAUGAUUUUCUGUGCACACUAGUGAACUUGCUGCCGGUGGAGGCAGCUCGCUCUGGAUGUACCUGGCAGCUGGAUUACUUAACAUCAUGGAUAUCUCCCUUCAGCAUGAAUAUCUGCAGGAGUAUCUUCAAAGUGCGGCUACCAACGGUAACUUUACCGGCACCAACCCGUACGGAUUGGGUGGUUUCGGUGGGUUCGCACCGAACGGAUCGAACCUGCUCGGAGGGCUCGACAAAAAUGGCACGGAAGUUACCAUCACCGCUCCAGGACACACCGAUUCCACAGUUGCCGUCAUAAUUGUGUACUGCGUCCUGUUUGUGAUAGCGGCCGGCGGCAAUCUGUCGGUUGUCAUAACACUGUUCCGCUCCAGGCGCCAUCGUCGUUCGCGUGUCAGCCUCAUGAUCUGCCAUCUGGCCGUGGCCGAUCUAAUGGUCGCGUUCAUCAUGAUUCCACUGGAGGUUGGUUGGCGCAUCACGGUGCAGUGGCAUGCCGGGAACGUUGCCUGCAAAGUGUUCCUGUUCAUGCGCGCCUUCUGUCUGUAUCUUAGCUCGAACGUGCUAGUGUGCGUGUCGCUCGACCGCUGCUUCGCUGUGAUAUAUCCUUUGCGCGUGUCGGCCGCCCGUAAGCGGGGCAAAAUUAUGCUCGGUGGAGCUUGGUUCAUUGCGUUUGUGAAUGCGAUGCCACAGAGUAUCAUCUUCCGCGUACAGCAACAUCCACAAGUGCCGGGGUUUACGCAGUGCGUCACCUUCGGCUUCUUUGCUACGCCGGGUCUCGAGACGGCCUACAACCUGUUCUGCGUGAUAGCCAUGUACUUCCUGCCGCUGAUGAUCAUCAGUGGUGCCUACACUGUGAUCCUGUGCGAAAUUUCCAACCGUUCGCGGGAAAAGGAAACGAGCGAUUCCAACUCAACCGGAACGAUGCGCCUGCGAUGCAACGACCUAACGCAUAUUGAACGAGCUCGUCAGCGUACGUUACGACUCACCAUCACCAUUGUGGUCGUGUUUGUCUGGUGCUGGACACCGUACGUCGUCAUGACCCUUUGGUACAUGUUCGAUCGGGAAAGUGCCGCGAAGGUCGACGUUGCCGUACAGGACGGAUUGUUUCUGAUGGCCGUGUCGAACUCGUGCAUGAACCCGCUGGUGUACGGUUCGUAUGCGAUGAAAUGUCGGCUACCCUGUCGGCGCCGGAACACGCUUGGCGGCGCUCAAACACCUAAUGCAGCUCAGCGACGGUCUACAGAUGCCGUCUCGGGGAUCAUUGGACCGCACUCGGACCGUCUGACUGGGCGCGAUAAUAAGGAUGAGCUGCUGGUAGCGGACCACCGGAGCAUAACGAUGAACCACCUUAACCAAAACGGUACCAUUGCGCUACUACAACCGACAGCAUCUUUGCUUCGUUCGACCGGUGGUGGCACUGGUGGUGGUGGUGGUGCAGGAGCUGGUGGACCCGGCACUAGUGGAGUAAUUGCCGGUGGUUCCGGUAUGGCUACGACGGCAACGACCCGAUUCUACAACCGUCUCGGCAGUGGCAACAAUAAUAGCAACUACCAUGGCAGCACGGGCAAACACGCGACGGUGACAGGAAGUAAGGUGGGAACGGUCACACCGGUUGGUGGUGGAGGCAACCAUCGGAAGGGUGGUGGAAAGGAGCACAACUCCCGGACCGGCUAUUGGACUGGUGGUGGUAGCGGGAAAGGAUGUCAACCAAGCUACAGCGAAUUCGCUAUGCUGGCCGAUGAACACUCGCUGAUGCUUUCGAGACCAUCGUUCUACUCGGACCCGACACCGCACGAGCUGGACUCAUCGGUUGAGUGUGGAUUGACGCGCAGUUUGGACACCGGUGGUUGGCGAUGAUGAUCGCAGCGAUGCUGGUGAGCCUCACCGUACGACACAAUGGCAAUCGCAGCAGUUGUAAUAGUACGCAACGGACUCAUUAAAACCAUCGAUGCACGCCAUCACCAUCGCUCAUUACCGUCACGAGUGGAAACGGUUUAAAAGGAAUAUCCUUCAUGCAAAACCGGUAAAAGCGUGAGCGUGAUGUAACGAGCGUUAAAUGUUAACAGAUACUAAAGGAGAAAUUUCAUCUUUAUUACUUUCUAUUGAAAUAAAAACUUGAAAAAAAUUAUUGAAUAACAGCUUUGGUUUCAGGUAGGAUAGUGAAGGAAAAUGGGAAGCAGAUUCGUACAAGAGUCGAUUUGUGAAACGUGAUUUGUGAUGAGUGAAAACCAUGAUACAAACUUACAUUUAAGUAAAACCCGGCAAACAACCGAAUGAUAGACUUCGGGCGGGUCGCCGACUUUGUGCGAUCGGAACGAAUGGAUUGAAACAUUAGCGCGUUUUUAGGAAAAACCGCAGUAGAGCAGAUAUAUUUACAUACAUUUGAAUUGAAAUGCAUAUUUUUCGUACGCUAGCACUUAGUUUAGUAAAUGUACAAAGUUCGAUGGGAAAUCGAUGAGUGAAAAUUUGAAUCAAAUCAACUAGAUAAUUAACUUGGAGAAAUGUUCGAUAAGGCGAAACGGCACCAUCAUUACUAUGUAAUCCGAUAUAUUACACAAUGUUGCGUGUGUAUGUGUGAGAAUGUGUAAUAUUACGGAAAAAAACGUUGUCGUUCAAAAUUCCUACCAAAUGUGGUACUCGGGCAUGGGAACUGAGAAAUACUGAGAAAUAAAAGAAUGUUUUAAAAUUCA